UCCUUCUCGCGUAUUAUUAACCACUUCGAGCCCGGCGCUCGAAGACGGACAUCAGGGUUUCGAUCGGAGAUCCCGCAGCGGAAACCCUGAUACCCACCGCCCCUGCGGAUCGUCUUCCUUGAUUUCUUCCGAUUCGCGCUAUCGUUUGCGAAGCCGUGGUUGAUGACGAGGAAGAUCGAUCUGCCGGAUGAGUGGGUUCUGUGAAGGGGAAGGGAGAUGAGAGGACCGCCAGUGGGUUGGGAGGGACAAUGACCGGAGCGUCAUUGGGUCUACGAUCAGGGAGUUAUGGAUCAGUACAGCAACCCAGCGGUGCCCUUUUGUCGACUCAAUCGCCGCCCUACUUAUUCCGCAAACCUUCGAAAAUAUCCCUUUCCGGACCAAGAGAAAGGGAGAGGAUCUUGCCGAGGAUCUGCAACUUUGCCGGGAGAAGGAAGGUCAGGAUGUUGCUCUUGCUCGUCGCUUCAGCUGCAGUACUGUCUUUCAUUACUGUCGUCAGUAAAGGUGAUGACGCAUCAGCGAACCCCGACACUCGCAUGGCUUUCGCAGAUCAGGUCCAGAACUUCGUAGAUUCUGGUAUCCCACCAUUGAAUAAUUUUAGACCUCCAUUCAUUCCUGCAAAAAAAAAGAAAGUUGGUAUAACUACACAUUCACACCAGGAGUCUGCAACUACUCAUAAUGUAACCCAUAUUUCUGCCCCCAUUUUUCCUCCCAAACUGCAUCCUUGUGAUAGUUUCUCUUCUCCUCCUCCACCAGCUGAUAAGAGGCGCAUUGGUCCACGUCCAUGUCCUGUCUGUUAUGUGCCUGCAGAGCAGGCUGCACUUCUUAUGCCACCUUCGCCCUCAGCAUCACCUGUUCUUAAGAAUUUAAGUUAUUUUUCGGAAGAUAACUUGAUUGCUAAUGAGUCAAUUGGCGGCUCUAUCUUUGGGGGAUAUCCGUCUCUGCUUGAGAGGAAUGAAUCUUUCAAUAUAAAAGAAUCGAUGAUGGUGCACUGUGGAUUUGCCAAAGGAAAGAAACCUGGUCAAGGAACUGGAUUUGAUAUAAAUGACACUGAUCUUCUUGAAAUGGAAGAAUGUGAUGAUGUUGUUGUAGCCUCUGCUAUUUUUGGAAAUUAUGAUAUAAUGCAACAACCAAAGAAUAUUAGUGAAUAUGCAAAGAGGAAUGCAUGCUUUUAUAUGUUUGUUGAUGAACAAACUGAAGCAUAUAUGAGGAACUCUAGUGGUCUAGAUGAUUCCAAAAGAGUUGGUCUAUGGAAAACUGUGGUAGUUCGAAACCUUCCUUAUGUAGAUGCAAGACGCAACGGGAAGGUUCCAAAACUUUUGCUCCAUAGGCUAUUCCCAAAUGCCAGGUUUUCUCUUUGGAUUGAUGGAAAACUUGAGCUUGUUGCGGAUCCCUAUCAAGUUCUUGAGAGAUUCUUGUGGCGGAAGAACUACACUUUAGCGAUCUCCAGGCACUACAGGCGCUUUGAUGUUUUCGAGGAAGCAGAGGCUAACAAAGCUGCUGGGAAGUAUGACAAUGCAUCUAUAGAUUAUCAAAUCGAGUUUUAUAAGAAAGAGGGUCUGACACCUUAUUCUUCAUCUAAGCUUCCUAUUACAAGUGAUGUACCUGAGGGAUGUGUGAUCAUAAAAGAGCACAUACCCAUUACCAAUCUGUUCACCUGUCUAUGGUUCAACGAAGUGGACCGCUUUACUUCUAGGGAUCAAAUCAGUUUCAGCACUGUCAGGGAUAAGAUAAUGUCUCAAGUGAAUUGGACAAUCAACAUGUUUAUGGACUGUGAAAGACGCAACUUUGUCGUUCAGGCGUACCACAGAGACUUGUUGGAACAACGGAAAGCACUCGCAGCCCUAGUCCGUCCACCACCUCCUGCAUUGGCUAACGACAGGCUCACCAGAGCUCCUCCAUCGAGGAAGCUACCGGGGAAGAUAUCCAUGAGGCGUGGGAGGGACAAGAGACCAGGUUCAAGGCGUCAUCAUCCUAGGGCUGCUGGCGCCGGCGGAAACAGGUAACGAUUCCAACUGCAAAGUUUUGUUUUUGUCCUCUUGCAUGGCCGCUCUACGGCAUUAAACUGCAGGGUGUGCGGAAUCAGGACGAACGUCUUGUAGAGGACCUACCAUCGAGUAUGGUGCUCUAUUAUUUUUGUGAGGGAUUGACAGUAUCAAUUCAUUUUUGUUUUUUUUUGUUUUUGUUAUUUGUUGUAAAUAACCGAUUCAAAAAUAAGUAGCAUUGAGAAUUUAUUGGUUGGCAACAAA